AUGGGCAUUAAUCCAACAAAAUGCGUAACAAUUGCAAUUGGUUUGUUGUGCCUGUGUUGUGUUGCUGACAGUGUUCCCAACACCAGCAUCAUCAACGUUCUCUGCAACAAUGGGGUGUACACUUCAGGGGAGUUAGAGGAAGAAACACCAGCACAGAGGAAUUAUGACUACCACAACAUUUCACCCUAUCCUAAUGCCUAUGCCUAUGGACAUGCUACUUGUAACCUUAAUCUGACAUCCUCUGAUUGCAAAACAUGUCUUGGUGCUGCUCAAACGGCCUUCUUUAGCACAUGCCAGACACCACGGAUCGGGGCUCGUUCUGUGCUCUAUGAUUGUACAAUCAAGUACGAGCAAUACCCAUUUGACGAUUAG